UUGAUAACGUUUUGUCACGAAUGUUAAUGUAUCUGGCGCAGUUUUACGUUUCACUUCUUAUUAUCACAGAUCACUGCAAUUUUGUUACUUAUUAAAUGUCCCAAUUUUUGGACAAUACCUAUUGUGAUUGCUUAAAACGAGAGUAUUGACCGAAUAGUAGUAUUGAAAACGAGAACACGACUUCUGAAGAAACGACAAAUAUUACAAACGAUGCUUGACCAAGAAAAUCAGCCCAAUUUACCUAAUGGAACAGAAUCAAACAGAUCAUUUCAAGAUAAAACAAUUCUAAGCAAAAAAGAAAUUUCCGAUCAUCAUUUUACUAAUCAAGACGAAUGUUUGGAUAUAUCACUUGCGGGAUUUAAUGUUUCUCAGCUCGCAAAUAAGUUGGAACGUUUGGCUCUAGCCACACCACAAACUAUAAAGAAAAAACCAGAAAAUAUUGUUAUUGAGGAAGACUUUGAUUCGAAAGAACGCCCAGGUUCAGCGGAUUCUGAUAGUGGAAAACCAGUGACGUCCAACAACAGCUCUAUUUAUAGAUCUUUCGUUGCCGACAGUGUCGAAAACCAAGAAUUGGAGUUGUCAGUGACUUCGGGUUAUGAAAAUACAAAUGAAAAUUGUAACAAUAUCGAAUUGUUUCAUGAAAAUUUAGCUUCAGUGAAUUUGGAUUUGGUUAGCUCUGAUUUUGACGAGUCUAACCACUUCAUUAAUACAUCACAAUUGUCAAAUCAUUCGCUGUUAGAAAACACAUUAAACAAAUCAUCCGAUUCAAACAGUUUAAGCUUCAGAAAAAAUACAUCUAUGGAUGGUUUGGAAGCAGAAAUCAAACUCCAGCAACUAAAUACCACUGAAACCAAUGCUAAAAAUUCUAGCGAGGCAGGGCCGGUAAUUGCUGAAGGAUUUACGUCAGCAGUCGGAUUUAAUUUCGAAGAUUUAGAAGCUCUUGAAGCGGUGAGAUCAUUAAACGACGAAGAAAUAAGGAGACUUACCAUAGCCAGAAAAUCGUUGUAUCAGGCAUUCGAUCCAAUAGUGAAAAAAUCUAAUCAAGAAUCUAAUUCUCGAAGAGAAGCACUCGAAAAUACCGAAGUAAUGGACAAAACGAUAUUGGGCUCACCACAAUCUGAAGGUUCUAACAAGACACUAAAUGUAUCGGAUCUUAAUAUUAGUCAAACUUACACUAAAGAUGAAAAAAAUAGUCCUAAUUCUAAACUUGGUGACAGAGAGAAAUUUUACCAAGAAAAAAUUGAAAAGUUAGAAUGUGAAAAUAAGAACUUGAGAAAUGAUGUUUUGGCAGACAAAGAAAAAAUCAAAAGUCUAACAACUUCGUUGAUAACUGUGACAAAAAGCAAAGAUCAACUCAGUACUGUGAUUGGAGAGUAUGAGAAAACCAUUUCGGACAUGGUAGCUAAGAAAGAAGAUGUUCAUAAAGAAUACGAAGCUCGCAUUGCAUAUAUUGAAGACGAACGAGCAAAAAUGGAAAGACAUCUACAAAACUCUGAAAUGGCGUUCAACGACGUUCAUGAAAAAUAUAAUUCUUCGAAACAAGUAAUAGAAGCCAUGAAAGAAAACGAAACUAAAUACAAAACUUGCAUUAUGGAGUUUGAAGAAUCCCUGAAAAAAUAUGAAGACAAGUAUAUGAGAUUAAAAAUGCAUGCCACUGAGCAAAUGGAAAAAGCCACUGAAGAGAUAAACGAAAAAGAACGGGUAUUCGAAGCUGAAACGUCCAAAAUGAGAAUAAUGAUCAAACGCCUUGAAGUCAAAGUGAGAUCAUUGCAAGAAUCGCUGGAAAGGAAAGAUGUGGAAAAUGCAGAGCUGACCAAUCUUUGUGAUGAACUUAUCGGAAAACUGGAUAGCAAAUAACAUUUAAAAUAUAUAUUUAGAAUAAGAUUUUAACUUUCCAAAACUAGAUUAGUUCGCCCUAUUUUAAGUUAACUUUAUAUGAUGUAUAUGGCUAUUAAUAUUUUUUUUUUCUGAUAAAACUAAACAUCUUUGUAUUUAAAACUAAUAAAUCCUUUUCUAUGAUAUUA